AGAUUCAGAGCUCCUUCUUUCGUGGAGAUUUAAGAAGAAUUUCUUCUAUUUCAGGCUACGAUUCUUGGUUGAAAUCGUCACCGCUACUAAAAAUAGUUCAAAUCAACACCUCUUUCAUUCCUAAUUUUCUACACGAAGAAGAAGAACAAGAGAAAAUGAUGCAGAUGGAUCGGAGAACCUGUUUGGAUGAGUAUGAAAAGCUUGUUGUUCGUAUGAACACUCCCAGGGUAAUGACCGAUAAUGCUAGCUGUGUAAAUGCAACUCGAGUCAUGAUCGAUAGUGCGAGGAAAGAUGAAAUAUUGCUUGAGGCGGUUCAAGUUCUCACAGAUCUCAAUCUUUCUAUUAAGAAAGGUUAUGUUUCCUCCGAUGGAAGAUGGAACAUGGAUGUCUUCCAUGUGACUGAUUUGGAUGGCAAGAAAUUAACAGACAACACCAUCAUCAAUAGCAUUGAACAGUCAUUUGAAACCAUCCACAACACGAGAUCGAAUCCCAUUGAUGGAAUGACUGCACUCGAAUUAACCGGCACUGACAGAGUUGGUCUUUUAUCCGAGGUUUUUGCUGUGUUGUCCGAUCUCAAUUGUGAUGUGGUCGAGUCGAAAGUUUGGACACACAAUGGCCGAAUCGCGUCUCUUAUUUACUUAAAAGACACCGAUUCCGGGUGUCCAAUUGAGGAUUCCGACAAGAUUGAUUUAGUCAAAGCUCGUUUAAGAAACGUGCUUAAAGGGGAGAAUGAUAUCAAAAGUGCAAAAACUUCGGUUUCAAUGGCGGUCACUCACACAGAGAGAAGGCUUCAUCAGAUGAUGUUUGCAGACCGUGAUUAUGCAAGAAGUCCGGGUUUAAAGACGUGUUUGGAGAAUUCCCCCUCGGUUUCGAUUCAGAAUUGUUUGGAUAAAGGUUACUCGGUUCUGAACGUUCAAUCCAAGGAUCGACCGAAGCUUUUGUUCGAUGUCGUUUGCACUUUGACUGACAUGCAAUAUGUCGUCUUCCAUGCCACCAUCAACACUACAGAAGAUGGGGCACAUCUAGAAUUCUUUAUUAAACACAUGGAUGGAACCCCAAUUCGUUCAGAAGCCGAAAAGGAACGAGUUAUUCUAUGUUUGUCAUCCGCCAUCGAACGAAGAGCAUCCGAGGGUGUAAGGCUCGAGCUACGAAAGGCCGACAAACCAGGGCUGUUAGCGGAAGUUAUGCGAACAUUUAGAGAGAACGCGUUAAAUGUGAUCAGGGCCGAGAUAUCAACUAAAAUGGGUACGGCACUAAACAUGUUCUACGUAACGGAUGCGAUCGGGAACCGGGUAGAUUCGAAGGUGAUCGACGCAGUUCGACAACGAAUCGGGAUGGUUGACCUAAGAGUAAAAGAAGCAGGGCAUGAAGAUGAAGAAAUCAGAGGUACUCUUGGUGGUGCAGUUUUGGUGUCACUUGCGAGUUUAUUAAGAAAGAACUUGUACAAUUUGGGAUUCAUGAAAUCAUAUUCUUGAAAACUUCUUUCCUUUUUUAGUAACCGUGAGUGUUUGAGUAUGUUUGUAUCCAUCUCGAUUAAUUUCAUGAGUCACUGGAAAUAACAAUCAGAAAAAUCUGUAUUAGGUCAGUGGAAAAACAAUUGUUUUGUUUUUUUUUUUUUAAAUUUCUUUAGGGGGUUGUGUAUUUUGUACAUUGAAGUGUGUUUUUUAAGUAGCAUGUGAAAUAUUGUAAAUAUAGUUGAAGUUUAUCCUUUUGUAC